AUGGCGCCAUUGAAUGUGAGGCCAUCCUCUCCCACCAAUUAUCCUUUCAAAAAAUAUCAACUAUCCAUGCUGGAUCAAUUAAUGCCUAGUUUCUUCAUCCCCACAAUUCUCUAUUACCAUCACCAGUUCCAAACCACUUCCAUCGCACAACUUGAACUCAUCUCUUCCCGCCUUAGAGAAUCGCUCUCCCAAACCCUGACCAUGUUCUACCCUUUUGCAGGGCGGCUCAAUAGAGGCGACAACUCAAUAGACUGCAAAUACAUGGGCGUUCGAUAUUUGGAGGCGAAAGUCGAUUCAAUGAUCAUGGAUGUGAUCGAGUGCUACGAAACAGAAAUGGUUGACCCGCUCAUACCCAACUUGAUGGGAAAUGGUGAAGAAGAAGAUGAGAUUUUCGCAAUCCAAGUUAACUACUUUAACUGCGGAGGUAUCGCAAUUGGCACCUAUGUCCCACAUAAGAUUGCAGACGGGGUCUCAUUUUUCUCAUUCAUGACAUCGUGGGCUACCAUAUGUCGCCAACAAGAUAACAUCAUUAAUAUCCUUAAGCCGAGCUUUCCCUCAUCAUCCCUCUUCCCGCCAAAGGAGAAACACCACUACAAUCCUCAAUCCGAAGACUGUAAAGAGACAAAGGCGAAAAUUGAUCAUGAUCAUCCCAUUCCAACCCGAGUGGAAGUAGUAUCGACUUUCAUAUGGAAGUACGCUACGGUCGAUAAGCCUGUCAAACAAUACAUCGCAUUUCAGGCGGUGAACCUAAGGAGCCGAAUGGUGCCUCCAUUGUCGGAGCAUGCGAUUGGGAAUCUCCUCGUGCUGGCAUAUGCUACGAAGACUCCAAUGAUUUAA